AUGGAGUUGAUUUCAGGUUUACCAGAAGACAUAGCACGAGAAUGUUUGGCUCGAGUUUCAUACCAAUAGUUUCCGGUGGUUGCCUCCGUCAGCAAAGGGUGGCAAACAAAGAUUCAGACACUAGAGUUUCGUCGUGUACGGAGGAGUGCAAGACAUGCACAAAAAAUACUUGUCACGGUUCAGUCCAAGUUUGAUUCAGAAAAAUGCAAAACCGGUUUAUUGGUUAAAGCUACAACGAACCCGGUUUAUAAGCCGAACGUAUUGGAAACUGAAAUGGGUAUUUGGAGCGAGUUACCAAUGGGACCCGAAUUAAGCGAAGGAUUACCCUUAUUUUGUGAGAUUGCAAGUGUGGGGUAUGAUCUAGUUGUUACAAGUGGGUGGGUCCCUGAUUCUUGGAAAGCUUCAAAUUCAGUGUUUAUUUAUAGCUUCCUAUAUGCUAAGUGGCGCCGCGAGGCCGAUAUGCGUGGGCCUCACACAUUUUUCUCAUGUGCAUCAGAUCAUGAAUGAAUGGUCUAUGUGGUAGGAGGACACGACGAGGAGAAUAAUGUGUUGAAAUCAGCGUUUGCGUAUGACGUGGCAAAUGAUGUGUGGGUCUCGCUUCCUGAUAUGGUGAGGGAGCGUGAUGAGUGUAAAGCUGUGUUUUGUGCUGGAAACAAUGGCUUUGGCACGAUCAAAGUUGUUGGUGGGUAUCGUAUGGAGAUGCAAGGGCGAUUUGAACGUAGUGCGGAGGAGUUUGACGUAGCCACAUGGUGGUGGGAUCCGGUUGAAGAGGAGUUUUUGGAUGAUGCCACUUGUCCAAGGACUUGUGUGGAUGGUUGUGAAUUGGAUAGAAGAAUGUACAUGUGUAUGGGUGAUGAUGUGGUGGCAUUGGAUGGUGACACGUGGCUGGUGGCGAAUGUACCUUUGGAUAUAAGGAAUGUUGCUUAUUUGGGAGCUUGGGAAGAAUCAGUUUUGGGGUUAGAGAUAUGGAAUUGGGAGAGUUUUGCUGAAACCUGGGUUCUGCCCGUAGAGCAUAUCGUCAUCGCUCGCCAUAGCGACAAUUCUCUACUUUUGUUGAUUGGGUCUUGUGGGUUUAGGCAACCUUAUAUGGGCUUUGUUUUGGGCCUAAAGAGUGGUGUUUGGAGUAAACUUGAAAGCCCAUAAAACUUCAUCGGGCACGUUCAAUCUGGUUAGGGAUGGCAAUGGGUACUCAAUGGGUAGGGUACUACAG